GCUAUAUAUAUCAUGUGACACAAACGUGCAAUCCGAUUGGCUGUUCAGCACGUUUCUGGCUUCUGCAGGCUAACUCCAGCCCUGCUCUUGUUUUGUAUUGAAACUCACGUGAAAUUCUACAGUUUUAGCGUUCCAGACUUCAAGAAUUUCUGCCAGUGAAUGUUGCUCUGAGGAAUGCAUGAAGGAGAGGGGGCGAGACUCGCAUUCUGAGCGCAUUUUAGGUGUGACUUACAUUUUAACAGAACCAACGCAGAAAUGAAUUCGGCUCUUAACUUCUCCAGAAAAAGAAAAUGUGAUCAUAAAAGUGCUCCUCAGUCGGACCUCCAAGUGAAACACAAAAGAGCUGUGUUUGAAUGGAUUAAAGGUUUAGAGGAUGAGGUGCCUGCAGCAGAUGCCAGUUGGGAGAAUGGAUACACCGAGCUAGUAGUGGGUAAACGACACAACUUUGACAAUGCUCACACUUCGCUUCAGCACAUGGCAGAUGGGAACAGCCUUUUAUGGGACGAAACAAUAAGGAAGUUAUAUAAGCAAAUAAGUAUUCCCCAGAUUUUUGAAAAUGAUUCCCGUGGUGACACUCAACCAUGCACUGUCCUGCUUAGCGGAGCAGCUGGAAUUGGGAAGUCGACUGCAGUACAUAAAAUUCUGUUUGACUGGGCCAGAGACACACAGUACAAGAAAUUCAAGUAUGUGUUUCUGUUUAAAUUUGGGGAGCUCAACCUUCUAGAAGAAGAAGAAGAGGCGGAGAUGUCUUUGCUCAGGCUCAUUAUGAGGUAUUACAAACACCUUAAUGACUCGGACCUUGUGAUGAGGGAAAUCUUGCACAUGCCAGAGUCUGUCUUGUUUAUAUUUGAUGGCUUGGAUGAGUACAAGUACCAACUGAACUUUGCACAAAGGACACAGUGCUUAAACCCAGAAGACCCCUAUCCUGUUCACAUCCUGAUUAUCAACCUGCUGUGUGGCGCGUUACUGAAGAAGUGUUCAGUCCUGAUAACAAGUAGGCCAUCCGCUCUGCAGUCUCUUGCCGUGAACAGAUUUGAUCGAUUUGCAGAGGUUCUCGGCUUCUUCCCUGAGCAACAGAAGAUGUAUAUUCAGAAGUUUUUUGCCAAUACGGUUCAGAGCAACAAGGCUAUUAAAUAUGUGCAACAAAAUGCUAUGCUUUCUUCAGUGGCCCACAUCCCAUUUUACUGCAGAGUUAUCUGCUGUGUGCUACUGGACCACUUCACCGUAAUUACAGGAGACAAAAGUGCUCCUCCUCCUCCUCAAACUAACACUGAACUAUUGGUAAUGUUUCUGUAUAGCAUUCUGUCUUGUUACAGUGAAGAACCAGAGGAAAAGAAGUGCAUGCUGGCAAAACUCGGGAAGAUGGCGUAUUAUGGAUUGUCCAAGAAGACAAGUGUCUUUUAUGAAAAGUAUGAGAUUAGUAGUUUUGGUCUGCAGUCAUCACUGUCCUGUCCCGCUAACUCCGAUUUCCUCCUUGAGAUAUUAAAGCGAGAAAACACACUCGAGCACACAGCAUACAAAUAUUUGAAUGUCACCAUGCAGGAGUUCAUGGCUGCUUGCUCCUUUUUCCUUGAUCCCCCAGAGGACAUCGAAAAGCUGCUUGUAAAACUAGAUUCCUGUGAAAAAGGAGACUAUGAUGUUCUUACUCGGUUCCUGGUAGGACUGGCCAAUCUAACUGUCACUGAAAAGCUGGAAGGAGUUUUGAAAGAGUUUCAGAGGAAGCCAGCCGAAAGGAUCCUGGAGUGGGUGAAGGAGAAAGCUCAAAGCACUCUUCAGGGUGGAGAUAAAAAUGAACUGAUGAAAGUGUUUACCUGGCUGGCUGAGACUAUGAAUAAGGAAUUGAUAAUUGACAUGAUUGGAAAGGAUUUCAAACUGGAUUGUACUCCUGCAGCAUUAAAUCCUCUGUAUUAUUCUGCACUUAAUACAGUUAUCAGUUGUUGUGGAGAAGUGCAGGAACUUAAUUUUUCUCAUUCAGAUAUGUCCCUGUCGGCGCUGAAAAAGAUGUUGCCAGCUCUCAGCCUCUGUAAGCGUGUCAUUCUGUGGUCAUGCAAUUUCAAAUCUGAAGACUACAAAGUUCUGUCAUCAGCGAUCUGUGCAAGUGGUUCACGUGUGACUGAGCUCCAUCUGGAUGGCAGUUCAGUGCAAAGUUCGGGAGUGCAUGAGCUGUGUGAGGGGCUGACAAAGCCAAAUAGUAAAGUACAGAUUCUGGGGUUGUGGUCAUGUAAUCUCCGGUCUGACUGUUGUAAGGAUCUCUCCUUGGCCCUUAAUGCCAAAUGCUCAAGCUUGACUAAGUUGGUGCUGGUGGGCAAUGCACUGGGAGACUCGGGUGUACAUCAUCUGUGUGACGGUCUGAGAAGUACUAACUGUAAAUUGCAGCACCUGUGUCUGAGCUCCUGUAGUCUCACCUUCAAAUCCUGCCAGUCUCUCUCAUCAGUUCUUUCUGUAGCACAUUCAAGUCUAUUAGAACUGGAGUUAAGUGGAAAUGGGAUUGCGGAUGCAGGAGUGCGUGCUCUGUGUAAGGGGUUGAAAAGUCCAAACUGUAAAUUGCAGAAGCUGAACCUGACCUCAUGUCAUCUUACCUCCAGUUGUUGUGAGUCUCUGUCCUUGGCUAUCAGCACACAACACUCGUGCCUUAAAGAAUUGCAGCUAUGGGACAAUGCACUCGAGGAUUUAGGUGUGAAUAUUUUGUGUGAUGGCCUAAAAAACAGCAAGUUGGAAAACUUAUGGCUGAGGUCUUGUAGCCUCACAUCUACUUGCUGUUCGGCUCUCUCGUCCGUUCUCAGUCAAGAAAGCUCACAGCUGACUGAACUGGAGCUGUCGUCCAAUCAACUGGGAGAUACAGGGGUGGACCUGUUAAGUGAGGGCCUGAAGAACCCAAACUGCAAGUUAAAGAAGUUGUGGCUAGGUGAAAAUGAAGUCAGCGAAGCUCAGAAAAUAAUCCUGGAAUCCCUGAGGGAGGAAAUGGACCAAUCUGGACGACACACCUGCAUCUAUAAAUGAGCACACCGCUAAUGAUUUUUGAAACCUGCUGCUCUUAUAAGCCUCAUGUUGCCUCAGUCCAUUUGUGUACGUCAUCUUCUCAGAACCUGUUGAUGUAUAAUUCGGCAUUACCACAUGAAACAUCCCAGCAUCCUCAAGUAAAGGAUAAAGCGUAGCGUAAGCUUGAAUUGUUUGUGAAAACAGAAGGCAGUUGCUUUUCCAAAUUUCUCCCACUUGUUAUAAUCUUUUAUCCUUGCAAUGAAGGAUCUGACUGAAGUGGGUUCAGAAAGUUGUUGGACAUGACCUUCAGUUUGUAAGAGCUGCACAGAAAGAAUACUGUAAAUAUGUGGGUUUCUUCACCUUAUACAAGUAUAAAGAGUAUCGAAAUAAUGAAUUUUUAUUAAAAUUGCCAAUCCUCCAGACUGACAGAAGGUUCGGCAGCUUGGGUGAAGAUGGUCCCCAGGUGUCUUCUGUUGUCAGUGUACCACACCAGACCCUCUGGGGAAAACAUCCAGAGACUGAUUUGGGGCACACUGGUGGGGUUGUUGUUGUGUUUUAUUUAACGUGGAAUUGCCAAAGAACUUCUCAGGAGGAGCUAAAAGUUGUUGUUGAUGAAAUUGAAACCUGAGGUUACCUUUGCUGCAGCCAUGAUUUUCACCUGGAUACAUGACGUAGAAAACCAAAGGGUCUGAAAGAGGUCAACACUCUUUGAUAAGAAAAUGACAACUCUUGGAUAAAGUGGAAGCAGGAAGAGCAACAGAAGAGAUAACGGUUGACAAACGAGGGGAGGCAAUUCUGUCUGCUAAGCUAAUCUGAUUAGCUAACACCCGGCAUUUAAGCAGAUACUUUUUAAAGUUGCCAAGGUUCUAAAAGCUAGCGCAAGUCUUCCAGAUCCUGAUGCACUAAACACAACAGCUACUGUUCACCCAAGGAGCAAAUCUUUACAAUGGUGAGCCUGCAAGUCAGGAGAUUUGUAAGUAAGUGGAAACACUGUGAGCUCCUGGACCUGCGUACUUUGUCUUUACGUGCUGUAGCUCUCUUCCCGGUGCGGAGGGUCGACGGUGGCAAGAGGUUUUGGAAUCCAUCAUGGGAAAUGUCCAAGACAUGUUUAUUUUGGAACUGGAGCCAUGCAACUUCAGCACUUUAGUGGUGGACUUGAUAUGUUGGUGUUGGUUACUGGUGCCCUAAGCAUUUCAUACCCAUGUGCCUUUUUGGUUUUUAGUAGGCCGCAUGUAACACCUGUGCCAUGGCUCCCCAGAGAAUCAAGAGGAACAAGCACUUUUCAUUUUAUUGUAGAACAAUUGUAAAUACUGGAUGAUUGUAUAAAGCAAAACAGUGCUCUGUCCUGAAGCACAACUCUGCCUUCCAAUCAGCAGGUCAAUUCAUGCUUGUAAUCAGAGUGGUCUUUAAUUUUUUAUUAUUUCACUGAUGUCUAUCAAAUCACCUUGGCCCACUAGUGGAAUUGUAGCCUAAGAAUUGACCCAGGUUAGAAAGUGGUAAUCGUCCCAAGUUUAAAAAGGAGGGGAGAAAGUAUAAAUUUGAAAUUCAGACAAAAAGAUUAAAAAUUUAGGAAAUAUUUGAUGAUCCAGAUUGUUAGAACAAAAAAAAAAGAAAAUCUGACAGUGGGGUCUGAGAAAAUAUUUAAGACCAAAGGGUCCUUUGUUCCUAUUUUGUGACUUGCACCUUUCAGAUGAUUAAGUGACCUGUUUGCCUGUGUUUGUGGUUAACGUGCACCACUCGCUGCUCUAAAGAAAAAGGAAAGACAUCAGAAGAGGUUAGGAUACCACAAGUUCCAUCUGUGUCAUUGUGUCUUCAAUGGAGUCUUCCAUUGUGUCUCACUGCUGUGCUUUUGAAAGUGACGGGUAUGUCUUGAGGUGGCCUGAGGAGGUAGGGCUUGUGUGACAUUACAGAUCCUCUGUUUGUUUGUGGGCAGAAGUGGAGAAUACUUUGGUUGUGGUGCGGCCAAGGUUAUUAUAGUUGAAGAAAACUAAAAUUAAAACUGAAACUGUUAUUAAAAAAAUAUUUUCGUAAACUGAAAUAAAAUAACAAAACUGAAAUGAAAAACUAAACGAAACUAUUAAAGGAGCUGGAAAGACUAACUGAAAUAAAAUAAUAAUUUACUAAAAAUAUUUUUAGCUUUCGUUUUUGAAUGAAUAUUCUUGCCGCUAGUCUUUAAUCCUUGUAACCUUUUUAACUCUAUAACAGAAACUCCUCCACCACGAGUCGCCCAGUGAACACACAGCGUUUGCGGUGCCAGAGCACACUGAAUACAGGCGCGUAAUGCGUGUGCAAUAAAAAGCGAUUUACGUGCCGCCUUUCUUCGCACUUGUUGCAUAUCAAGAUGUAAUUCAAAGGGGUGAAAUCGGAAUGUGCUGGUCAACAAAACCUUCACCAUAUGGACAGAAAAAUCACGAGUGAGUAACAUUUGAGUUUAUUUCUCAGGUGCCUGCUUUUUGUUGACGGUAAUUCUCCUGCCACUUCACACAGGAGAAAUUGUUUUUAUUUUCUCAUAUAUGAAAUAUACUGCGGUGGGCUGGCGCCCUACCCGGGGUUUGUUCCUGCCUUGCACCCUGUGUUGGCUGGGAUUGGCUCCAGCAGACCCCCGUGACCCUGUGUUAGGAUAUAGCAUGUUGGACGAUGACUGCCUGACUAUAUGAAAUAUAGAGAAAAUAUAGUAAUCAUGAAAAAAAUGACCUUGAGAUUUUGAUGAAUCUUGACGUUUUAGACCUCCCUGACUGAGAAAAUUCAGUUUUUUGGAAUUAUGUCGAUAUGUGUGUGUAAACACAGUAACUCAGAAAUGCAACAAAAUAGAUGAAUGAAAUUCGGCAUGUGGUUGUUACACCAAAAUUAUUGAUCUGUAUUAACUUUUAGGCCAAAUCCAUCAACUGGAAGUGUUCCUUAACCUGAACAAAUACUGGAUUUUUAUUUUAUUUUUUUUUUUAUUCAUGCAGCUGCAGAGUCUGAUUUAUUUAACUUUACUUUAAUAAUAAUUGUGCAACAUAUUAUUAAUUUGAUUUCUUGUUGAUGGUUCUUUAAUGUUCAUGAUAUAAUAAUUGUCUUGCAGUUUACACCUCAAAUAUCCAUCCCCAUAUCUGAGUACAUGAGAAAGUCGAGUGUAGCUAGGUGGGGUUUGCACACUGAUUCAAGCCUAAGUCCCCUGUUCUUCCUAAGCCCCCAUGAUUUUCAUGGUCACACCUGUCAGAAUGCAGUAGAAUCUAUUUUCUGAUUUUUUUAUAUCUUUUCAGGCCUUCAGGUGACAAAAUUCUGUCUAUAAAUUGUAUGUGCCUGAGAUGGAAUCAGAGAUCAAUAUGGCUGGUCAAAAAUAACAAAGCCCAGUAUGGGAGUACAGCAUUGACAACAUUCAUUAUUGGCACAUUGUCUUGGAGCAGGAUAUGUUGUGUGCUAUAGACAUUUUGAGUAAAAAAAAAAAAAAACCCUCAAACCGUUACAUUCACCUAAAUUUCAUUACAAAUUGUCCCAUUCUGGGCAAUAAAGGGAAAAGAAAAAAGUGCCAACAGUCAGCACAGAUUUGUUCAGCACAAAUGACGUAGAAAAUGUUUUAAAAAUUAUAAAAUUGUGUAAAAUUAUUCAUAUUCAGUAUCUGGUUUUGAUUAUGCUUGUUUUUGUCAGACAAAAACAAAACCAGAUAGUAAACCAUGUAGUGUAGUAAGCUUUAAUUAUCACUAAACUCGUAUUCAAAUCCAUUAAGUGUACAUUUCUGUGUGAUUGUGACACAAAACUAAACUCUGUUAGAACUCCAUGCCAUAAUUACUAAAACUGAAACUAAUAGAUAUAAAAAUAAAAUAGACAUGUCUUUGUGAAAUAAAAACUGAAUUAAAACUAAAAAUACACAAUGAGUGAAAACUUAAACUAAACUGAAUUUCCAAGUAAGGUCAGAAAAAAUAUAGAAAUAAAAACUAAAAUAAAAAUGCAAAACUAUAAUAACCUUGGGUGCGAUGGUCACUUUUUCUUCCCCCAUGUACCCUUUCCAACAGGCCCUGCUUGCUUGUAUAACUAAUUCUGUUUAUAUAUGCUUUGAAAAAUAAUGCCAUGAAUAGUUUUUAUUAAUCAAUAAACUUCUAAGAAUGUUCACUCAA